GACAGCUUGCAGGCGACACAAGGUGAUUGUUUCAAUGGAUCUAAGCGCUACAUUCCGUGGAUUAGCUUGGUGUCAAGACUCCGUCAAAUUUUAACGGCAUAUCGACAAACCGCUUCUUGAACCCUAGAUAUCUAUCGCCAUUGUUUUCGGCCGACGCCAGUAUAAUGAACUCCCUUUUUAACGCGGCACUGAAGCAAUCUGCGGCUGUGCGUCGCGACCUGGACGCAUUCGCUGAAGCUCCUGCCUCCUCUCCAGCCGCCCUCCAAGGCCAGAUAUCCGCAUCCCUAGCGUCCUUCUCCCGAACUAUUGAUGAUUAUUCAUCUCUUUCCAAAAAGGAACUUAUCCCGGAGAAACAAGAAAAGGCUUUUGAGCGUCUGAAGAAUUUCAGGGCGGAGCUCGCCGAUUACAGAACCCAGUUUGACAGAUUAAAAAAGGAGCGUGACGAUGCGCAACUUGCGACGAAUAGAAGUGAGCUGUUAGGUCGUCGACCCCAUCAUGCAGCUACUCCAGAAAACCCCUACGCCCAAUCCGCCCUCCCUUCACAACCUUCUCCUUUUGCGAACCCCAACAGGCGCCAAGCUUCCGGAAACACGGGCCUCAGUUUUGGCACUGACCCUUCACAAUAUAGCCGCGAAGAACACGCACUACGAGAGCAGUCAUUUUUUGCAAACACAAAUACACAAUUGGACGAAUUCUUAGAUCGUGGCCGAGCGGUUCUCGGGGAUCUGGGGCAGCAGCGAGAAAUACUAAAAGGCACACAGCGGAAACUAUAUACUGUCGCAAAUACGCUCGGAGUUAGUGGAGAGACCAUUCGAAGGGUGGAGAGGAGAGCUAAGCAAGACAAAUGGAUAUUCUGGAUUGGAGUGGUGAUAUUCUUUGGGUUUUGCUGGGCUGUGCUGCAUUUUCUACGAUGAUGGUCGUCAACGGCUCCUCAUGCAAAUAAUUACGUACAUAACUAUGUCGCCUUCUUGGCUAUCAUGUUCUUGGCUGGCGUUGGCGGAUGAUAGAUUCUUAGCGUUUCGCAUUGGGCUUUGAUAGCUUAACGUCGUUUACGGAGUCCACGA